AUGCCUGAAUAUUCUCACUACCACCUUUCGUCUCUACCAGAAUUCAAAUGGGACGACGUGAAGAGUGACAAGUUCCGGGAGAAUUUUCUCGGCCACAGUGUGAUGGCGCCUGUCGGCCGCUGGCAGAAAGGCAAGGACCUGCAGUGGUACACUCGGACAAAGCCCGGGGACAAGGCAGCGGCGAAAGCAGCUGCGGAAGAGCAGCUGAAGGCGGAGAGGCAGCGGAUGAAGGAGGAGGAGGAGGCGGCAAUGAACGAGAUGCUGGGGAUAGCGCCUGUGAAGAGGAGAGGGCCGAAGCUGGGGGAGGCGCGAGGCAUGGAGAAGGGCGAGAUGGAUGAGCUGUUCAGAAGGGGGCAGAGCGGCGAGGUGCUGACGCAGGAGUAUGCGUCAGGGGAGAGGAUCCAAGGGCUUGGGUUCGCACCGGCCGCAGGGCAUGAGGAGCGUGUGGCACGCAUGAAGAAGCAGCUGGAGGAAAAGAUUGCUGCACAGGGUGCUGCUGGGGCUGUCAAUAGCGAGGAUAAGGCAGCAGGCAGCAGUGCCAGGGCUAGAGAGGCAGGAGAAGGAGGUGGGAACAGCGAGGAAGAGGACUUGGAGGAGCAAAAGGUGCAAGGUAAAGGGCGUGAGGAACCAGGGCUUGGGAGGGGAGAUGGUGGUGAAGGAGGUGAAAGAAGGAAGGGCAAGAAGAAAGGCGAUAAGGAGGGCAGCAAGAAGAGGAGGAAAGAGCGUGAAGGCAAGGUUCGGGUGAGCAAGAAGCGGCAGAGGCGGUACGCUCGGGAGGAGAAGCUGGCUCGGAAAAAGGCUCGGAGAGAGGGACGGCGGCGUGCAGAGAAAGAGCUUGCUGCCACAAGGGAUGGGUAUGGGGAUGAAAAACAGAGUGAGGGGAGUGGAAACAUUACAAAGCGGGAAAGGACAAGGGAGGGCGACAUAGACACAGGAGUGCAAGGGAGGAGCGUGAAGGGUGGUGCGGGGAGGAGUUUUGAGGCGAUGUUUUCAAUGGGGGGUCUGGAGGCUGAUGCGGGCAAGCUGAGGAAGAUACGGGAGCAGGCACAGGACAAGGAAGCUAGGUUGUAUGAGAGGAGGGAGUACAAGAGGUUAGCCAAGGAAGAGAAGAGGAGGUUUCAGGCAAGGGACUGA